UUUUAGUGGUGGGAAUGCGCGAGAACGGACGAGUUUUGGUCGCCGCCCAAUAUUACUCUCUCGUUGGCUCGACUAUAGAAGAAUAAAGUUCCCCAACGGACGAUCGUUUUUACUGAUUGCUGUAGACCGUAGUUCGUCAACAUUCACCUAGAAUCAAUUUCAUAAAAUUAAUGGGAAGUUCAUUUUAACAGUUUGGGCUGUGAGAUAAAAACGAAAUGGAGCAGGCGCACCAGAUAUUGCAAGAACUUGAAGCGGCCAGCAGUAUAAUACUUGCGUCACCUUCACUCGUAACAAAUGACCAGCGUAAUGAUGCCGAAGCAGUUUUUAUGAGUUUCCGCAAGACCAAUAUGCCUUAUUCAUUAUGUCGAUAUAUUCUCGAUUGCAGUAGAGUAGAUUUUGUUUUAUUUGAGACUGCGGGAACAUUAAGAGAUGCACUCAUACAAGAAUGGAUUUUGCUCUCUCAAGAGCUAAAGAAUGAGUUUAGACAAUAUUUAUUUCAAUAUAUUAUGCGUGAUGAGAAGAUAUUGGCUCCUUUUGUUAGAGAUCGAAUACUACAGGUGAUUGCAAUUAUGAUUAAAAGAGGAAGUGUUGAAGAUGGUGGUCAAGAAAGAAGUAAUAUUUUAGAUGAAGUAGAAAAAUUAAUUUUCAAUGGUGAUCUAAAAAAGCAAGUUUUGGGUUGCUCUAUAAUUUUGGCAUUAAUGCAUGAAUACUCUACUACUGUUGGUUUGACUUCGGAAUCCCAUUAUGCUGCAAAAAAAGAAUUUGAAGCUAAAGAUUUAAGACGUAUUUUUGUAUUCAGUACUCGGGCUCUGCAUGAAAUACAAAAUCUUCCUCAGCCAUUAUCAAUAGAUAUUAUGACUGUUCUUAAGAAUUUACUGAUAAUUUGUGAAUCUAUUUUAGUAUGGGGAUUUAAUUCUACUAACAUGCCCAAAUAUUUGAUUGGAACGUUUAAGGGAAGAUAUAAUUCUGAGAACAGCCCUAUUUUGAAGCUUGGAUCAGAAUGGAAAGAUAUCAUUACCAAUCCUAGCACUGUUGAUUUAUAUUUUCAGAUUUAUUGGAUGGUAAGAGAUAAACCACAAUUUUCUCAUCAUUGUUUGAGUUGUCUUGUACAAUUAUCUUCAAUCAAUGGCAAUAUAUGGACUGAUACAAAUGUUCGAAUGAAAUAUAUGACAAAUUAUCUACAAAAUUUUAUUAAAUUAGUAUCCACGGUUAAAAUUUUAGAUCGUGAAUCUAUAGGAAUUUCUACUAUUAUAAAGAGAAUAAUAAGAGGAUAUACUCCUUCAGGACUUAUGCAAUUUCCUCCAGAUAUUUUUAACAGCUUUUUGGAAAAUACAACUCAUCUUACAUGUCAGUUUGCUGAGGGUGCUGCUACUGAGGAAAAUUUAUCUCAAGAUGAUCAAAUGUUUUCUGAAGCAUUCAAUAAUAUUUUACAACCCUGGGUGUCUAUUAUUGCAUAUAGUAACCAAUCUUUUCCAGAAGAAUUAUAUAAUAGUGCAUCCAUACAAAUUUUAAACACUUACUUAAAAUGCCACGUUUCUCCAUCAAACGGCACAAAGACUCCUGAAACUGAAUUUAAUGAAAAUGAAGAGGAUGAUCGGGUGGUCAGUUAAAAGUAAGAAGCAAUAUUAUGUCUUGGAAAGAAGCUAAAAGGCAAUUGAGAAAAGAUUCAACUUAUUAUUAUUAAUUUUUUUUAUAGGCACAAGUAUCAGUAAGCAGAUUACAUAUGUACAUAAUAUUAAAAUAGUAAUCUACGGAACCCCUUGGAGCUGGUUCAGCCUGUCAGUACUUUCAUAUUCACUUACAUAGUUUUGUAGUUCAAAAUAUUAUUGAAAAUAAAAUUUAUCCUCAUGUAUUUGUAUGGGUCUGUAAAUAUAUUUAACAAUAUGAUGAAAAUUA